GCGUUGGCCAGGGGCAAGCGCAAGCAGGACGGCGGCGCCCCGGCCGCUGCCUUCGCAGCCGCCCCUGAACCGCAGCCUGGGGGCGCCGAAGACGCUGCGGCGGAUGCGGAGGCCGCGCCCGACGCCCCGGCUGCGCCGGAGCCGCAGGCGGGGCCGGCGGCGGCGCCCGCGGAAG